GACCAUCUAGCAGCGUAGGAAAAGCAGGGAGGAGGAGAGAAAAACCCUCCGAGUCUGACCAAUAAGGUGCACAUUGCAGUUUUAUCUUCUGUACACGUCCGGUGUCGUCAUUGGGAAACCAGCGUCCUCUGCCUCCACAGCAUCCCUGACAGAAAAUGGAUGAGCUCCGGCUGGAAGUCCGGGCUGAUGCGGCAAUAUCAACAUUAAAGCAACUUCAUGGAGGAAAGUGAAGGAAUCCCUUUAAGAUGACACGCACAGACCCGCCUGAUAUACUGUUAUCAACUGUGCAUCAAGAUAUAAAAGUGAUUCCCAUUUCUUCACACUACAGGUCCUUGCAACCCUCUAAACAAUGUGAUUCCAUAAAUUACAGCACACUGGAGGACAGUAAGAGCAAAGUCAGUAAGAGGCACUGCCGAACCUUUGACUAUAAGUCAUUGGAGUACCCCAGAUCACAAAAAUACGUAAUGGAGUCCCCAUACAGAAAGGCUGAUAGGCAGGCGGCCAACCCAGAUGUUGCCUGGAAUGCUCUGGGACGCCAGCAGAGAUACCGCUUUUCUGCUCCAGACAUUUUUAGCCAUAGAUUAACUCCUCAGUCAGUGGCUACAGAAAUGAUCAGUGAGGUAGCCCCUGAACAUAAAAGAAGGACCAGGUCAAAAAGUGCUCCUCGAGUCCAGACCAACCUCACCCCUGUGUCUUUUGAAGGAUCAUCAUCUUCAGGCAGGAAAGGAAGAGAGUCCCAAAGGGCUCCAAGAGACUCUCGAUGGAGACCUGAGGUAUCACCACGUAGAGAGUCAUCCUAUGCAGCAACAAGAGCUCAUAUGCAUGAUGUCCAUCCCAUUAAGCUGCAGCCCCAAACUGGUGACAGCAGUAGAUAUUCGCCUCACAAUACUUCUGAUAAAUAUGAAGAUGGAGGUCUGGAAAAACCAGCAACUAGCCCUCAUGUCAGGUGUCGAGUGGACAUAAAGCCGGAUGAUGCAGCUGUACAUCAUUCAGGAAAGAAACAAGCUACAGCUCAAAUGGACAUACCCUGGCAGAGACAGCACAGUUCAGGAAGUAGGAGUCUUACCGUGCCACGUCAUUUCUCCUAUUCUAGAACCCCAACUCCCACUGACUCAUUGGGUACAGAAAGCAGGCAAGCUUAUCAAUAUUCUCGCAGCAUGCCAAAUAGUUACCUACAACAAAUGGAGCUUCCCUUACAAAGAAUGCCUUCUUCAGGUAAUUAUUAUGGUAGGGAACGCCGAGCUCACUCCAGUCCUAAUGUGCCAACCAAGUUUUUUUAUGCAGAUGACCCAGGGAGAUAUGUUACUACCGCUCCUCCACAACCAAGUUCGUAUUUUCAUGAUGAACGCUACACACCUGGACAAGCAUAUACUCCAAAAGUGCAAUAUGUGCAAGAUCCAAGGACUCGAAUGGUGCAUGCUGUAGCUGCAAGACCAUACUAUCCUGAGAUGGAGCCCUAUUCAUACUCUGUGCAGACAGGGUACCCCAAACCAUAUGCAGCAAAUGAACCAGGGCCAUACAUCAUAAGGACACCUCCAACAAGAAUAUUUUAUGGUGAUGAUCCUAGGUCAUAUCAAAUUCAGACUGCUCCGCCAAGGUUUUAUUAUUCCAGCGACAUGUAUGCAAUGCCACCAGAGCACCAUGUCCCAGCAAGAGCAUACUACACUGAGGGCAGAAGACAUGCAAGAGUCGUUCAGCCACAAACAGAGGACUGGUAUGGAUCAGAUGCAUCUGGUUAUUCUACCAAUCCUGCCUCUUAUGUAUCUCAAGUCACUCCCACCAGAGUUCGCCAAGAGCCUGUGCUAACUUCGUGGUAUGCCAACCCUUGUGUAGAACCGCAACGAAUUGGCACAGAUUCCAAAUCUUACUCCAGGUCUUGGGACAAUAUUCUCAAUUCGCGAGUAGAAAGGGAACAACCCCUCCCUGUCCAGAGAGGUCAGAGCUAUGAUGAUCUUCUUGACUCUAGAAAGCCUUCCACAGCCAUAGGUGACAAACCACAACCAGUGGUAGUCAAUCUCUCUAGUUCGCCAAGACGCUAUGCAGCCUUAUCAAUGUCUGAUAACUCACUGAUUGACAAAAGCCCUACAGAGACAUCAAAGAGUACCACAAGUAAGCUAUGGUUUGUCACGCCUGAGAUAACGAUCACUGAUAAUGACAUUAGACCAGGGAUUAUUAAAAAGGUUGAGGGACGUUCUGCCAGUUGGGAUAUUCUUGACUCCAGAAGCACCGAAGGUCCUGAAAUGUCUCUGCAUGAUUUUGAAAGCUCAACCAAAGAGAAGACACAUGACAAUACAACACUUCAGCAAAGCCUUGAACAGCUUGACGAGCUUCUGGCAGAUCUUGUGACUGAUUACAAACCCCCCAGCAGGAGAGCAAGUGAGGACAUUCUGGACCAACUAAAGAAGUUAAUAGAUGAAGAGGAAGCAGUAUCUUUAUCAAGGAAAAGCUCACAGGCAGGUACUGAGGAACCACCUCCUCUAGACAAGCAACCAACCUCAAUCAAAAUGAAUCCUGAUGCUUUUUGUGAUAUGGAUGGAGCAAGUGAUGCAAUGAAGAGUGCAGAGGAAUGCUCUCCAGAUCAAAGCCCAGAUGAGGAUGAUACAAUGAUGUGCUCCAACAACAAAUGCCGGAGAACAGAGACCCUUUUCAACGCUUGCCUAUACUUUAAAUCCUGCCACAGUUGUUACACCUAUUACUGCUCUAGGAACUGUCGCAGGGAGGACUGGGACAUUCAUAAAGAAAGCUGCUUGUAUGGACGAAUUGGAAGCACAUGUCGACACAUCAUCAAACACUGCCGGGAGACUGUUGAGGUCCACAAAGCCUUCUCCCGUAUCGCCAAGGUCGGCUACCUUUCUCGAGGUAGGGGAGUUCUCUUUCUUGGUUUUCCAAAUCCUGCGUCAUCCAGUAACUUCCUGCAGUAUGGCCUGGAUAGUUUACUUAUGUCUCCUACGUACCUGUCCCUCCGAGAGCUUGAAAGCUUCAAGGACAAUCUUGGUGAGUACUGUAAGGAGCUGCAGGAAGCUGGUAGAGAGUAUGAUCCCAAUGAAUGUUUCAUCUUGAAUGUAUCCAUUGCUGUCGGCGAGCAGUUGCCCGACGGCCCAUCACCAAGGAACCAAGCUCCAACCGUUAGAAAAUAUGCAAAGGUUGCACUGGCUUCAUUUAGCCCAGAGAGAAAGGUUCAUAAGAAAGAGAGUGACAUGGAAACGCUGAUUCUUACUCCACCCCCAGGAACAGCAGAUAUUGACAAAGAGGGAGAGGAGGGUCGGAAGGCUCGGGAAAUCUGUUUUAUCAAUAUACAACGGGAGUUAAGGAUUCGAGGAGUUUUCCUUCGACAUGAAUACCCACAGGUGUAUCAGCAACUCUGUGAGUUUGUGGAAAGUAACAGAAGGUUCACACCCACGACUGUUUAUCCGAUUGAUAAGAGGACUGGCAAACAGUUCAUGUGCAUGAUAAUGGCUGCCUCAGAGCCCAGGACAUUAGACUGGGUUGGCACCCCACAUCUCCUAGAUGACAUUAUUUAAGUGCACCUUUUGUUAAAAAUAUAUAUGUGUAUAGAAAUACAUAUAUAUUGAUGGACAUAUUUAUACAUCUCUCCAGUUACAAACAUUUGUAGUUAAGUAUUUUGUUAUCAAAAUUAUAUAUAUUCAUGUCUGCUUGGUCAGUAUUAUCAAAAUAUUUCACAUCAGGAGCAGGAGAAGUACAAUACAUUAUUAUUUAUUUUAAUCUUAAAGUUUCUAUCAAUCAUUUGUUCAUAUCCGGGUUAUGUACUGUUACACAUUCCCUUUGGCAGGGAUCAUCUAAACUGAUAUUCUGAUGUUUUGGUUACUGAAUAUUUUUUGAAUCUUUGCCUUUCUACAUGAUCGUACACAUCUGUGACUACAACAUGACUAUUUUCAUAUGUGACUUCAAUGGUUUAUCAUGCAGAUAAUAUGAACCGUUAUUUUCUUAGCUAAGUCAACACUUUCUAUGCAAAGUUGUUUUCAUGAGUUUGGUACCACAUUCCUGCAGAUGGAGUAGCUUCUGUAAUAGUAUAUGAAAUUAUAUGUUUAUAUCAUUAUUAUCAUUAUUAUUAAAUA